GUUGCUUAAUACUAUACAACUUUGCAAAUCUCGCUCGGACAGCCUAUGAUCACUUUCAGGCUCCAAUCUUUCUACAAUGACUUCUACUGGAUAACUUCCAAGCUGACUCGACCUCCCUGUCAAGUCAGCCUCUUGCUCAAGCUCUCAGGCCGAACCAGGAACUGCCACGUCAGUUGUUCUAGUGAGCUGUGGAACAAGUGCGGACCCGGGACGACGCAUUUAGGACAAGUUACGACUCAUGACUUGCGACUCACACAGCGACUGCGGAAGCGCUACCCACGGUCAGCCUGCGACUAUAAGAACCCACCCUCUGUAAUCAUGAGCAACCCUUCACGAGGCAGAGGCGGUACCCAAGGUGGCUACCCUGGUGGCCCUCGAGGGAGUGCUGGUGGAUUCAGUGGAGGAAGAGGCUCUGGUACGAGGGGCGGAUAUGGCGGUGGUUCCAGAGGGGGAGUACCAGGAGAUUUGAUCUUCCGGGGCCCUGCAUCUGUAGACCAACGUCUCGCUACCUUGGAUCAGUUAGUCUCUUCCUUCAACAAACUCACCUUCAACCCUAAGCGCCCUCACCGGCCUGGUUUUGGUACCCUUGGCCGUUCAAUCACAUUGCGUGCCAAUUUCUUUCCU